AACGCGAUUAUUAAAUUUUAUCGUAAUAUUUCUUCGUUGUUCUCGCGACGUAGGUACACUCUAAUCGCCCGACACACGUCUGAUCGCUACGACGGUCCGCUGUCGAAACUCUUCCAGUCUUUCCGCUUCCGGUCGCGUUUUGGCAUCGUAGUCGGCGGCGUUGAGCGGUCUAUUUCGAGCGUCGCCGUGGACCGUUUUUAUCUUUUUUUCCCGUCCGUGUGGUCGUGGCGACGGCGGCGCGCAGCGUGUUGUCGCGCGCGCACCAGCGUUCCCGGCGCCGGGGCGAGGACGGCCGAGCGCGCGCGCGCGCGCUUCAAUCCCGUGGAAAAACCCGUGCGCGCGUAUUCGGUUGUAUUAUUGUCUAUACUAUAUGAUAUAGUACCCGUACUGUUCGCCGCCGCGCGCCACGGUAGUUGUACGACGGCGACGAAGCGGCUAUGCAAUAUUAUUAUUGUUAUAGUGCGUUUCUCGUAAAAUGACAAUAAUAUAGUCGGCCGUCGUAUCAUCAUUGUUGUCAUAGUAUUUAUGGCCGUGCGAUGUCGUUAUAGUGGCGGCCGCUAGGACACGUUAUAAUAUUGUUGACAUAAUAAUUGUCGGCAAUAAUUAUUGUCUCUCGGGAUUUAUUUAUUCGCGCCGCCGCGGGAAAACGGAUUCGCGCGCGUUUCGUCCGUCGGUCCGGCGGCGGCGGUGACGGCGAUGACGAUGACGAUUUCGCGGCGGCGUCGGCGACGGUGCCGGUCGCGUCGUUGUUGUCGCCGUGAGUAGUGUUAAUAGUCGGCUAUCCGGGCUUCACGAGCGCGGCGUUUUCGGCGGUCGGAAACCGGCGGCGGCGACGACAUGGGUAACUAUUGUUCGUCGAAACAAAAGGACAGCGGAGGCGGUUCCGACGAGUACUUGCAUAAAGCUCGUUACAAAAAAAAUCAAAGGAAAGCCGACAAGUCAACCAACGUAAUAUCCGUUCCCAAAAAGGGCAAAAAACAUGCCACGGUGCCUGCGGCGGCAACAACGGCCGCAACCAAUAGCAGCAAAGUGGCUGUGUCAUCCAAUUGCAACGUCGGCGGGGUAACUUUUAUAAUUCCGAGAAUUGAACAGCCCGAAGAUCAGUCAACCGCGACAACUGUCGUCUGUAAGCCCUUCGAACCGAACAACAUAUCCUCCUCCACAGUAGAUAAAACACCAGAAAAAUGUUUUGCAUUUAUCCUACCGGACGAAUUGAAAAGCGUAUCGACCGAGACGAAGAAAUUACUGCUUGGCGUUUUUGAACCCACCGCAAAUCAAAAGACCAACAAAAUUGUCGUUUACAUCUGUGUGCCAGACAAUAAAGGAUUUCCGGAUGAAAGGCAGAUCCUGUACAAAAGCGUACUGCCGGAAAUCCGGUCGAAAUGCACGAAAAUUGGUUACGAACUACACGUGGUAGACCUUUACUGCGACCACCAGCAACAGCAAGAAUACGGACAACUGGAUACGCCUGUCCGGCUGGCGGAACUGCGCCGACAGAACCGCGUUGGCCACGUGGUGCCUGUCGUGUUCGUAGACGACUCGCUGGGUCCACCGGUCCUACCCCACGUGAUGACCAGACAAGACUUCGAUCUCGCCAGGAACAAAACGCCAGACGCCAGCAAGCUGAUCGAAAAAUGGUACACGCUUGAUGCGCAGAAAAACCACUACGAACUCCGGAACGAGAUGAUGUUUGAAACGACUUUCGAGACUCAGGAAGCUGACGAAAAAUUAUGGCACGAUGAGAAAGUACAGCUUCAAAUCGCACUCAUGAAGGCGUUCGAUUCAAAGUCGUCGCGGAACGGUUACGUUGAACAAGUUUUUCAACAGGAAGUCCGUAAUGAGAUCAUAUUGAACGCCGAGUUGGCUAAAAGAUCGGUGUGGAUUAUCAACAAUUAUGACGUGGUUUCCGGUCACAAGUGUAAGACCACUUCGGUGGAAACCAAGAAGAGACUUGAACAACUCAGCAAGCAGUUGAAGAAUGAAUUGCCGGAAACCAGUAUCAUAUUUUACGAGACCGCUAACGCGGCGGAGUCUUUAAAAAAAGUAGCAUCCGUAAUAACGACUAUUGUCGAAUCUGUAGACAAGGAAAGGGAAAAACAAGAGCCUACGUAUGGUGUGAGCGGAAUACUGUUGGAAGAACUGAGGAUUCAAGCGUGGUUUGGGUACAACGCGGCUAAACGGGCUGUCCGCCGGGAUGAUGUUAUGGAACGUGCCAAAAAGUAUUUGACGGACGCGGACGCAGGGUACCCGUUGAUACUGUACGGGCCUUCGGGGUCGGGCAAGACCACGGUGAUGGCGUCCAUAGCGAAACACUGUCACGUGUGGAAUCAGGACGCGGCCGUGGUGAUGAGAUUCGCCAACGCGUCCGCUCACAGCUCGUCGCUGGGGCAAACGCUCAACUCGCUGGUUGUACAAUUGAAUCUCAUAGACAGCGGAAAAUGUACUUGGUUCAAGCACGACGUACAACUGUACUCGGAACAAAUUAUACGGCUGUUGGGUUCGGUUGGAUCGAAACGGCCGGUGACGUUGAUUGUCGAUGGAAUCGAUCGAUUCGAGAAUGAUUUGGUGGAUUGGAUACCACAGUCACUGCCCAACAACGUCAAGAUCGUAGUAUCGGCCUCGGAACCUUCACCGCACCUAAACCGAUUGCGACAGACCAUAAAAUCGACAGAUUCGUAUAUACGGAUUGCAAACAUGACUGAUGAACAAAUCGACUCCUUAUUAUCAACGGCGAUCAUCCGACCGAUCGGUGGCGGCGGAAGUGAAACGAUCAAAACCGACGCCAAAAUGGUGGCCGCCAAAACACCGUUGGAACUCCAUGUAAGCUCGCUGUUAUCUAAGAUCCGAAACUCAAAACAACCACCCUCGGCUGAAAAGUGGGUGGAAGCCAUUUUUGACAACGUCGAAUCACAUCUCGGCAAAGACAAGGUAUCCUCCGUGAUUGGACACAUGUGUGCCACCCGAUAUGGUUUACUCGAUUCGGAGUUGGUCGAAUUACUGUCUUCGGAGAACGAAUUUCGAUCUUCAGACCUUUCCGUCGUUGCGAUUUCGUCUUCGGCCGGUCUCUUCUGGGCAAUGUUCAACGAGCUGAUGUCAUCAUUUUUGUACUGGUUCAAAACGGAUCGAUACGCGACAGUCCGAUGGAAGAACGCCGCAGUCGCUGAAGCCGCGGGUCGGCGUUAUAGCGCGUGCAUCCAGCGCAUCAAUAAGAAAAUGCUUUCGUACUACAACGACCAGGUGAUGUCAGUGGCAGAGGACGACAGUGGCAAGAAGAACUUAACGAAACGCAGGAAACUGGAUGAGUGUACUCACCUGACCGACCAGGCGGAGACGAUCAAAGAAUUUUUCAGCGACCUCGAUUGGGUUUUGGAAAAACUGAAUAAUGGGUCGGUGCUACAGUUACUAGACGAACUGUCGGUCCACGCCCAAGAGCCGCAAGCGAGUUUCCUCAGAGACUUCCUGUCGUCCGCCAUGCCAGCCGUAAUGGACAAUGGCAACCAGCUGUACUCGCAAAUGUCGCUGUACCAGCCGGCGGCUGACCGCUACCGGGCCCUGAUGGAAGCGCCUCCGUUCCCGACAUUGAUGCCACUAGUUCCGAAGGAUGCUGCGACUGCGGCGGCACAGUUGUCAGAAUCCGUAGACGGUGCUGGUGCCACGGACAGGUUCGACUUGGUCAAACGAUUCAACGACGACGCGAAUUACGUGAUCACCGUCAGUACCGGGCGGAAAGAAAUAAGCGUGUGGGACGUACACACCUGUAUGAGAGUGCGCACGCUCAAGGGAAUCCUCCAUCCGACCGCGAUGAAACUGAUCGACAAUGAGCGUUGCAUAGUGUUAUGCGAGCGAAAACUUAUCGUCAUCAACUUGGCGACCGGAAAAGUGAUCAGCAAACUCAAAGGUGUUAUGAAUCAAAACAUGCCUUACUUCGGCUUGCACAGUUCCACGAAACUCGUUGCGUUGGCUAGGAGCAGGAUGCAUGUGAACCUGAUCGACAUCGAAACUGGUACUAUAGAGGCGUACUUUAAAGCCGGUGAAGACAGAUUCCUUAACUCACUGCUGGUGUCCGGAAACGGGAGAGUCAUGGUGUGCGGUGACGAAACUCAAAAACCUUUUCCGCUGCUCGUGUGGAACUUGACCUCAAGGCAGUUGAUGUACGACUUGCGCAUACCGUUCCAUGAAUUCGUCACUCGACUCGCGGCCAUCACUUACGAGGGCCACUACGUAUGCUGCGUCGCUCAAGAAGUAGACGAGCCCGGGCCUAACUUCAUAGUGGUGUAUGACCUGCAGUCGGGCACGUUAUUCAAAAAGUGGAAGCCCGGCGUGAACUGCGUGGCGCUAGACAUAUCGUCCAAGGACGGGUGCGUCCUGAGUGGCCACGAGAACGGCCACAUAUGCAUCUGGGACCUGACCACCGGUAACUGCCGAUGGACGCUAAGCGGCCACGUGGCGCCGGUUACCAGCCUCCGACUGGACCCGGCCGGCGGUUCUUUCGUGUCGCUGGACACUCACGCCCGAGAUCGGACGAUCAAACUAUGGAACGUCACCACCGGCCAACUAGUCUCGGAGUUCACCCCUGCUAACCCUAUAACGGCGUUCGAAAUACUGCCAGGCGGCGAGUUCGUGGUGGUCGCGUCUUCUGGGUCCGCGCACCCCACUGUCCUGCAGCUCCGAGGGCCACAGCAGUCCGCCAACGAGCAAACUGCGACGACGAAUACUUACGGCGGCGAGACGACGCUCGAAGUAGACUUGUCGUUGGACUUCCGAGACGAUGCAGCUGCUGCGGCGGCGGCGGCCUCGGCCCCGGUCCCGACUUCUGCCGCCGUGUCUAGAUGACAGCCGCCGCCGACGGAAAACGACGACGAUACGACUGCCGCAUCGGGAUGUGGACGAGGAAAAGCGUUUGUCGCUGAAGGUCUCCGCGAGAGAUUUCACGAUUUUCGUACCUAUUGUCCCGACGACAACGGCGAUGGCAAUUAUCAUGGUUAUUUCAUGUUUUUGUCGCUGAUGAUAUACAUCCUCCUCCUCCUCUUACUUCUCCUGUCAUACUUGCUUUACUCGUUCUACAUCACACACACUCACACACACUGUGUUGGUAACCUUUGUCGAAUGUUGACUGCCGAUAAUGUGGACGUUACGAUGAGUCUCUCGGUCGACGAGACACGAUCAUAGUUUACAAAAAAUAAGAAUUCUUCACAAUACCAUCAUACUGUAACUACUAUUACUGACUACUGUUUACUACCACUACUACUACUACUACUACUACUACUACUACUACUACUACUACUACUACUACUACUACUACUACCACCAACUACUACUACUCAUCGUGGUGUAAAUGCCACACACAUCCAAACUUACUUCUAUUUUUUUAUCUCCUAAGACUGAUCCUAAUUGUAAGAUAACGCACAAAUGUAGACUAAAAACAUAACUAUUUUCAUUCGGAUACGUCUACAAUAUUUAAUAUUACAUAAUAUUAUGUCCUCUUCUGUUCAUCUUUUUAAUAAUCGUAUAUUUAAUCGGUAUAACUUCUCUCGAACAUCGUCAUUUUUAACCAACACCACAAUGUUUUAAGUUUUAACAUUUUAAUAUUAUUAUGAAUGUCUUAAAAUUGCUAAGGGUUUUAAAUGAAAUAAAAAUAAAAAAUUCGAAGUAACAAAGUGUUCUUUUUUUAUGAAAAAAAAAUACAUAACACACAAACACACACACAGUUUUUGAAUACAAAACUCAUAAACCACAACAGAAUGGAUAAAAUGCCAC